UCCUAAUUGGGAUAUUCAUGACGUCACAAAUAUGGCUGCUCCCGGUGUAAACACAGAAAUGAGAAAAGUCUAUGUUGUUGGUGUCGGGAUGACAAAGUUUGAAAAACCUGGAAGGAGGGAAAACUUUGAUUAUCCUGAUAUGGCCAAAGAAGCAGGGAUAAAGGCAUUAGAAGAUGCUGGCAUUUCAUAUGAUGCUGUAGAACAAGCUUGUGUCGGGUAUGUCUAUGGUGAUUCAACUUGUGGACAGAGGGCAUUGUAUCAACUUGGCAUGACAGGCAUUCCUGUGUAUAAUGUAAACAAUAAUUGUGCCACUGGAUCCACAGCUCUUGUGAUGGCUAAACAGCUGAUCCAAGGAGGUAUGGCAGAUUGUGUAAUGGCUCUAGGAUUUGAGAAAAUGCAAAGGGGCUCACUAAAGGCAACAUAUGAAGACAGGGCCAAUCCUAUGGAGAAU